AUGGACAACAAGCGGAGAUCAUCCGCCGUCAAUGGCGCGAAUGAAGCUGACGAACGCGCUGCAAAGCGCCAGAGACUGACUGAGAAAUAUGACCUCAGCAAGGGGGAGACAGUCGAGUCAACUACCGAACAUGGCCUAUACUUCCUCGAGCAGAUCCGCCGGACUCAAGACAAGAAUGGUCGCAAGGUCGCAGUCUAUUUCGAGAAGCUGAUGCCGAGAGAGGGCAACGCCGAAUAUUAUAAGAAGACGAGGAUGCCGAUUUCGCUUUCGAUCAUCGAAAGAAAGCUCAAGAAUGGCGAUUUCUCGACUCUCACCGAACUCGAGAGCUAUUUUAAGCGCAUGGUCUCCAACGCCAAGGACUACUACUCGAGGAGCACUCCUCAGUUUGACGACGCUGAGAGAGUUCGCAAAGCUCUGAGCAACUUCAUGACCAAGACCAACCCGGCUUAUGCUAGAGGCGGCUAUACUGCGGUCCCGACCGUUCUGCCCGCCCACCGCGUGGACGAAGCCGAAGACGACGAUAUUGAGAAGCCACAGGGUGCCGCAGAAUCCCCUGAGGAACAGGAAGAUGCUGAGGAAGAUGAUGAGGAAGAGGGAGAAGAAGCUGAAGCAGACGAAGAGGACGGAGAGGAAGAUGAUGAUGCGGAGGGCGAGGAGGACGAUGACGAGGGAAGCCAGAACUCCAAGCCAACUAUUCUUAUCCGCCGCAGAGGACCGGGUAGAUCGUCAUCGUCCAGGGCCGUGACAUCUCGCAAAUCGCAUGCUCGAAAUGCCACGCCUAGUCGCCCUGACUAUGAUUACGAGGGCGUCCCAUACAAGGGCCUCAACUUCCAGGCAGCUCAAGAGAAGAUUGUGGAGGAAAUGAUUCGCAAGAAAGAAGCUGACGAGGACGAGGCUUACUUUGAACCCUUCAUCAACCUUCCUCCGCGGGCCUUGAAAGACUAUUACAGAGUCGUCAAGGAUCCCAUGUCGCUGAGAAAGCUUCAGAAGGCCACGAAGGGCGUUCAUGGGCGCAACGAGGCCACCGGCAUUAGCGACUUGAAGAGUUGGGCGGCAUUCGAAGAAGCAGCUAGCUUGCUGUGGGAUAACGCCAAGUACUACAACGAAGAAGGAAGCGAAAUCUAUGAACUUGCGCGAGAACUUCAGGAAUUCUUCGCCAAUGAAAUCAAAAAGGCCAAGGCAGCUGUCCCGGAGCCUUCGCAGCCCAAGAUCAAGCUUAAGGUCCAGCAGUCAGCCACUGAGCAGCCGUCCACAUCCAAGAAGAUUACCAUCCAUGUUGGGGGCAAGAGUGAUUCCGCGGACUCGCCAGCCCCCACAGUUCCCCAGGCAGCCGGAGCCACCGUCAGUGAUCAAGCGCCGCUUGGCAAUGGUACCGCUCGCCAGAGUGGACUACCAGCUGCUUCCGCUACGAUGGACAGACUUCGAAGCACAUCGGUCGCAUCCCCGAGCCCCUCUGUCGCGAACAACAUCAAGCGCGAGGACGCAGCACGACCUUCUCCUGCGGUGACGCCCGGUCAACCCAGUACGCCUUCUGCUUUCCCGCCGCCUGCUGGCCAGACAGCAAACCUAUCCAGCGCGACGUUCCAACCCAUUGGUGUUGCGCAGCCUCAGCCGCAGGUGAAUGUCAUCCCACAGCCGCCUCCGAAGCCUCUGUGGGAUCAGCAGUUCCGCGCGCCUGGCAAGAGCGCUGCCGAUGCACUCAUCACCAAUCUGACUAUCCAGGCUCAUCCGAUGAUCAAUAUCGGAAGCCGCUUCAACAUGAGCUUAAAGCCUCUCGAAAGAGAGUGCAAGCAGUCUGUGACCGUUCAUAUUCCCGCCACCCAGCUGAGACUUCAGGUCAUUGCAACUUUGCCGCUGUUCCUUGAGAAGGAAGGACGUCAGUGGCGAUUGUGGGUGCAGGUAAACCGGUCUACUGUACAGCAAUCUCAUCCCAUUCAGGGUCAGGUGCUCCCCGUCAACGCUAGAGUCUUUGACGUUCAGCUCCAGGCUGGAAUGGUCAAUGAAAUCGACGUCUCCGUCGCGGCUGCUCUGCCUAAGGGACAAAAGCUGCCGAAUGGAGCCGAUUUCGAGGAGUCUUCCAACACCACUAGUCAAGCUGUUCCGUCUGGCGACUAUUCGGGCACCCAAAACAUCCACGGAAACGAGGCGGACGUUCAGCCUAUCGCCCAAGUGCGUUCUGAGAACCGUCAGGCGCAUGAGGGUAUUUCCGCCCUUACUCUACUGCCUCCAAUCACCUUGCAAGAUGUCUGGGAUCAAGCUGAACUUAAGGACGCGACAGCUGCUUCCGCGGCGAACCCACUCGGAUUUCGGGAGUACAUGACGAACGAAGGGUUGACCACCUUCUAUCCGCCCAUCCCGAGUUGGCCUGAAGACGAUGAUGUGCCUACAGCUCAUCAGCCCGCAGCGAUGGCUCCGGUGACAACUUCGGAGACGACUCCUAACUAUGGACACAACGAUCAUCCAGCUGCUUCGCCUCAGGAUGGAUCUCAUGUAUUUUCUCGCUUACAGAGGCUGAUGUCUGAAGAGGCAGAGCAUCAACCCCUUCUGAGUGACUCGUUGCAGCCCCGGUCUUCCAGAGCUGUUCAGCCCCUGGGUCAUGCCGCCUCCCAGGCACACGUGGCGUCAACACCAACUAGAGAGGCUCAUACUGCAGAGACUCGUCACAACAACCAGCCAAAUGCGGGCUUUGGCCAGUCUUCACACGCCACACAACAGUUCCCGGGUGCGCAAGCUGCCAAUGGAGUUUAUGGCCAUUUACCGCAGCAACUUCGCAUUGUCAACUCCGGACUACCAGGCGAAAACAUGCGACUGCAACUUCAGCAAGAGCAGAUUGCCUGGGAGAAUGACCGGCGGGCUCGAGAGCAUCUCCAGUCUCAAGUGCAUCUUCAAUACCAGCAGUCCCCGGAUCGCUCUCAGCAGCGCUCUGAGAUGAAAGUCAAACAGGAGGGUACUCAGAUGCCUAGUCAGGAUGCUCAGAAUCCGUCCGUCAACAACCAGGUGGGCAAGGUCAUCAAGCAAGGGGCCCAGACGCUGGGAGAUCUUGAGAGCCAGCAUUAUCGACGAAAGUACGUGGCAGUGACCCGAGAGGACUACGGUUACAUGGGAUACUACUCAAUCACUGAGAUGAUGGCCAUUAGGCAGCGCGAGAGAACCGCUGGUCCUCAGCCCAAGAGACCGGCGCUGGAGGGCGACCCUGAUGGUGAGUACGUCUGGUCUGUUUGA